CUCCAGCCGUAGCUAGAUUUGUAUGCCUUGUGGUGAAGGUUGACUCCGGGAGGGCAUUCACUCCAUGUGCGCAGUCCCUUUACAACUCCGAUCAGAGCCUCAAAUUCGCGAAGAGAACAACCUCCUUCUUUCCAUUUGCCGCUGUUUGGGACGACACGCGGGUUCUUUAUAUUGCUGUCUCCUGUGCGAGAAGAAUCUUUCGUUUAUUGUUCUGUCCAGCUCGUUCGACUGUCUCGUGGAGUUCAGAUUGAGGCGCUGUCGCGGUCGCAGACUGGCCGAGAAACCGUCCGACUGUCUGUCCGGUAUUCUCACAGUUGGAUUGAUCCUACGUGUGUCCUUAAAAGCUACUCUCCACCGGACUCCUACAAAUUCAAUUACACCGUCACAAUCCCGAUACCUACCUUCCAGCCAAGAUGUCACGCAACUUCAUGAACCAGGAUUUCGGCUCUGAGGAGGAGGAGGACGAUGAUGAUUUCAAUCCCGUACCUGCAAAGGAAUCUGAUGAUGAGGGGGAACAAGUAAAGACACAGGGCGAUGAAGAAGAAGAGGAAGAGGAAGACGUCAACCCCCGAGGUGCCUCUCAUGCGCGAGCAAGCACCAAUGUAAAAGAAGAGG